AUGUAUAAUAUAGAUCUAUGUCCACCUGAAUAUCAUAUUAUUGAUCCACACCAUUCAUUUUGUUCACAACCAUAUCCAGGUGUUAUUGAUCAACAAAUUACUGCCUUUGAACGUGCACAUAUUGUUGAAAUGCAUAAUAAUGAACGACGUCUUGUUCGGGGUACUAAUAUACAAAAAAUGUAUUGGAAUAAUGAUUUAGCUGAAAUUGCUCUACGUUAUGCUCGUCAAUGUAUAUUUGAUCACGAUAAAGCCAUUCAAAGAAGUGUACCAAAAAUUCCAUUAUCAACAGGACAAAAUUUAGCGAUGGGUUAUGAAAAUUGGACACAAACUAUUCAAGCAUGGAUUGAGGAAAAAGAACAUUAUUUUUAUGAUUAUCCAUCCGCAGGAGUUAUUACUCAUUAUACACAAAUGAUAUGGCAUUCAACAACAUUAGUUGGUUGUGCAGCAACAAUUUGUCCUGCAUAUGGACAAUAUAACAUUCCUUGGCUUUUAUAUGUUUGUAAUUAUAUCACUGGACAAUUGAACAGUGAUUUGUAUAGACCUUAUGAUCAAGGUUUUCAUGAUCUAUCAUUACAUGAUUGUCAAGGUAAAGUAUGUCUAUAUAAUGGUACACUUGAUUUGAAUACAUGUGAAUGUCAAUGUUCAACAUAUGCAAGUGGUUUACAAUGUGAACGAUUAAAUUGUUCAAUAUUACCACCAUGUCCAUAUUAUUCAUCUGCAUCAUGUAUAGCUGUUAAUGUUCCAUUAGAAUGUCCUCGUCUAUGUGGUUUAUGUGAUCGAUAUGAAGUAUUAAAAUGGGUUUAUGGUGAAAAUAAUUUAGCACCUAAUGUACUAGCAGUUAAACCUAGAACUAUAACUACAACUAUUAGGUAA